GGGCAUUUCCCACCUCCUUCCAACUUCCGUUUGGACCUAGCCUUGUUAUCUCUCUCUCAGAGUCUUACGGUUUACUUGCAUCAGAACGUAGGUUCCUUUUCUUUCCGCCUUCCGCCUUCGCCCAAAAUCAGUCAACCCAGCCGUCGUCGUCUUCUUCAAUUAUAUCUCUCUCCCUUCUUUCGGCCCCCAAAAACCCCCAGCAAUCUGUGUCUUUCUCCGUCUUCGCGUUGUGGGACCGCGGUGGGUUUCCAACGGGCGGCCGCGGCCGGAGAUGGCGUCGGAGAUCGAGGUGGUGGAGGAAGGGCCUGCCGCCAGCGCCGGUGGCGGCGGAGGCGGGGCGGCCGUGGAGGAGGAGGCGCUAAGGAACGACGUCUACACAGCCGCGGCGUACGGCGAUCUGGAGAAGCUUCAGCGGCUGGUGGAGGUGGAGCUUUGUUCCGUCUCCGAGCCCGACGUUCUCGGCUACUCCGCGCUCCAGUGGACCGCCCUCAACAACCGCACCGCCGCCGCCCAGUACAUCAUCGAGCACGGAGGAGAUGUGAAUUCGGCGGAUCAUACGGGGCAGACGGCACUGCACUGGAGUGCAGUGCGCGGCCAUAUCCAGAUUGCUGAGCUCUUGUUGAAAGAAGGAGCUCGAGUGGAUGCAGCAGACUUGUAUGGUUAUCAGACUGCACAUGUUGCAGCCCAAUAUGGACAGACAGCAUUUCUGUAUCAUAUCGUCACAAAAUGGAAUGCCGAUCCUGAUGCUCCUGAUAAUGAUGGAAGAAGCCCUUUGCACUGGGCUGCCUACAAGGGAUAUGCUGAUUGCAUACGUCUUCUUUUAUUUCUCGAUGCUUACAGAAGGCGGCAGGAUAAAGAAGGUUGCACUCCUCUUCAUUGGGCUGCUAUCAGAGGGAAUCUAGAAGCAUGCACUGUGCUGGUUCAAGCAGGGAAAAAGGAGGACCUGAUGGUGACAGAUAAUAGUGGCUUAACACCAGCACAGCUAGCUUCUAGCAAGAAUCAUCGGCAAGUUACUUUUUUCCUUGGAAAUGCUAGAAGGUUGUUUGACAGGCGAUGCGAUGCGAAUAACCAUCUUGGAAAGUUAUCAAAAUUAGGACUUGCACCUGCUCUUUGGUGCAUCGUUAUUGCCAUGCUUGUUACAUAUAUACGUUCAGUCGUUUCAGGAUCCUAUCUUUUGAAGUUAACAUCUGCACUUGGGAUUUUUGCAUGGCUAGGUGUCUUACUGGCAACUGUUGGACUAGUUAUGUUUUAUAGAUGUAGCAGGAAGGACCCUGGUUAUAUCAAAAUGAAUGUACGGGAUUCACAAAAUCUGCGAGAUGAUGAGCCUUUGCUAAAGAUGGAACUAAACAAUCCUUCUCUGCUAGCUGGAAAUUGGUCUCAGCUCUGUGCAACAUGCAAGAUUGUCAGGCCUCUGCGUUCAAAGCAUUGUUCCACUUGUGAACGCUGUGUGGAACAGUUUGAUCAUCACUGUCCUUGGCUAUCAAAUUGUAUUGGCAAGAGAAACAAGUGGGAUUUCUUCAUGUUUCUCAUUCUAGAAGUUUCUGCUAUGAUCAUUACUGGUGCAGUAACUAUAAUCAGAAUUGUGAAAGAUCCAACUGCAUCAACAUCUUUUGGUGCAUGGUUGAGCCAUUCUGCUACUUAUCAUCCUGGAGCUGUAUUGUUUCUAAUAAUGGACUUCUUUCUUUUCUUUGGAGUUGCAGUUUUGACUGUUGUACAGGCAUCACAGAUCUCGAGGAACAUAACGACAAAUGAGAUGGCAAAUGCUGUGAGGUAUAGCUAUCUCAGAGGACCAGGUGGUCGGUUCAGAAACCCAUAUGAUCAUGGCAUUCGCAAGAACUGUUCAGACUUCCUUCUUAAUGGUUAUAAUGAAGAUGUCGAGUGUCCGGAGCAAACAACACCUUCCGCGGAAAUGGGGAUGAUCCAAAUGACAAGAAGGACAAAUAUUCAGAAUGGAGGCACCCAUUCUCAACGUGGUAAUGGCAAUGGCCAUGUUUGCAUUGAUGUGCAUUCCAACAAUGGACACGUAAACUCUUUACAGUGCAACCAUAACGGUAAGACUGAUGGGGUUGCUCUGGGGUUGGGCCUUGGCCGUAACAAUGUUCGCCACAAUCCACGAUCGGUUCUUGCCUCAUGAUUCGUCAUACCACAUGGAGCACGAGAUCAUGCUCUUUGUAGAUGCAACUGUCGGAAUGUCCAUCAUAGAUUUUGUCUCUUUGCAAGUUCUACUUAAUGCUAGUUACUGUUCUUGGAGAGCAGUUUUGGCCUCGUGUAAUCGUCUGGUCAACUUGUGCAUGCUGUGGUGCAUCGGGCUAGCUUUUAUUGUGCAGAAUCUUUUUUACCGAUGAAAGCCAGUUUAUUGAUGUGAAA